AUGCAGAUAGUGAUAUUUCAAGGACAGAGUACCAGUGGGAGUGGGAGAAACACCAUACCUCUUGAAGCAGAGAGAGAUGAGCAGCAGCAGCAGCCACCAGCUAAUCCCUCAAUAAUUAAAGAUGAUGAAUCCAUGCCUAUAGAUGAAUCUGACUCCGGCGAUGUAGAUGAUAGUAAUUAUAAUAUAGAGCAUGAUCCGGGAUUGAGGCCUCCUAUCUCAAGCUAUCCUGUCAAAUAUUGCUUUGUUUGCUACUUGUUCAAGGAUAGUAGCAAAUAUCCUGGUGGAGAUGCUUUUGUUAAUGAAGGUUUUCGAAAUUGGAAUAUGAAGUGCAGAAUUCGUAGGCAUGUUGGUGCUAUCAAUAGUGCUCACAAUGAAGCUGAGGAGAAAUAUAAUUUGUUCAUGAAACCUAGGACUUCAAUUCGUGAGUCUAUAGGCUCAAACAGUGCAUAUUUCAAGGCUCAGUAUCUAGCUCGUUUGACAUGGUCACUAAAGUGCAUAAGGUAUCUUUUGCGUCAAGGGUUAGCUUUUCGUGGUCAUAAUGAGGGAAAGGAUUCAAACAAUCAAGGGAACUUCAGGGAACUUUUGGCUUGGCUGGCAGGGAAUUUUGAAGAAGUUAAUAUGGUGGUUCUUGAAAAUGCCCCACACAAUUGCCAGAUGAUUGACCACAAGAUUCAGAAACAACUUAUUGCUGCUUGUGCUCAUGAAACAACCAAAUUUAUUAUAGAGGAACUUGGUGAUGAAUGCUUUGCCAUUCUUGCUGAUGAGUCUAGUGAUGCCUACCAACAGGAACAAUUGGCUCUUUGCUUGCGUUAUGUCAAUAAAAAUGGAGAACCUGUUGAGCGGUUUCUUGGUCUUGUGCAUGUUGAAGAUACUACUUCAUUGACUCUUAAACAAGCAAUUCAGUCGUUACUUAUCAAAUAUCAGUUGCCUUUAUCCAAGAUACGUGGUCAAGGGUAUGAUGGAGCUAGUAAUAUGAAAGGUCAUGUCAAUGGUUUGAAGAAAUUAAUUAUGGAAGAGUCAUCUUCUGCAUAUUAUACAUGUCUUGCAAGAAAAUCCGCAUGCUUCGCAUAG